UUGCGGAUUUAUUUUAUGACAGAGGUGGUCUGGGGAUUAUUGCACUGUCACCAAGGGGUAAAAGUCAAAGGUCAAAAGUCCGCCCCCGAUGGGUCGGCCGUGGAUGAGCUGCAGUGUUGACUUGAUUCUGUUUGCCUCUUGCGACAUUUUGUCCCGACUGACUGUCCUCGUUCACAAGACAGCAACCCCAUUUCGGCAUAAACAGACGGCUCUCCAGACACUUUUAGUGGUUGAAGAUGAAUUUGAUUCUGGUGCUGAUUUUAUGCGCAAUAAGUAACCGCGGUGUCCAUGCCUGCCCACAUCGCUGCUCCUGUUCGGGUUCUGAGGUGGAGUGCGCCGACGUCUCGAACAUGACGUCGUUCCCCGUCGACGGUUUACCGUCCAACACCACGGUGUUGUCCAUCUGGUCCGCCCAGAUCUCUUCUUUAGAAGCGGGUUAUUUCAAUGCCGUGCCCUUUCUGAACAGGCUUCAGCUGUACGCCGGCCUGUUGGACAACCUUCCUUCGGAUCUCCUGCGGAACGCUUCCCGACUGAGCUCAUUGGAUCUCACGGGGAACCGGCUUAUCCGUCUUCCUCUGGGAGUCUUCCGCCAGAAGUCGCUCCGCGAUUUGGUCCUUAAAAACAAUCGCAUCGAAGAAGCGGAAGCGGGUUGGUUUGAUGAGAACAACAGCCUGACCCGGUUGGACUUAUCAGGCAAUCGUUUAUCCGACAUCCCGGUGUCGUUUCUUCAUAAGCUGCAACAUCUGGAGCAUUUGGAUUUGAGCGACAACAAACUAGAAGCUCUGCAACCAGAUGCCUUGAAGAACCUGCACCACCUGGACGUUCUUAAUCUGGCCGGGAACAAACUGAGCGCCCUGACGCCGACGACCUUCAGCCACAACCCGAAGAUCUCGCGUCUGUUUCUACAAGAGAAUCAACUCCGGGAUCUUCCGCCGUCCCUCCUCUCGGGUCUGCGGCGACUUCAGUUACUUCUUCUCAACCAGAACAGGUUGCGACAUCUCCCCGCGGGCCUGCUGGAUGACAGGGACUCGUCUUUCCAGCUGAUCCUAGCGAUCAACCCAUGGCUGUGCGAUGGGAAAAUGGAGUACCUGUGGAGAUGGCUCAAUGAACAUCCUCAAAGUGUCUUUUAUCUGGAGGAGGUGACCUGCGCCGGGCCGGAAGCUCUCAAGAACAGACAAGUGGCGUCUUUAACGGAAAGUGAACUUGGUCUGGUCAGAUAAAAACGAUUUUCAAGCAAAUUAUUGUCAAAUGCAAAGAUUUGUGAUGAACACGUGUUUUUCUUGACUUUUAAAAAUGAUUUUAAGUUUUGACUCGUGUUUUUCCAUCUCAUGUCUACUCGUUAGCUUAUUUUCUAACUUUUCUCGUCAGCCGCGUUCCUGUUGAUCGGCUCCCUCCAGUCACUCGUGGCUUGCCCAGUUGUGCCUCGUCGUCUCGUCCAUUUGCUUGUAUUUAGUUUCUUGGUUUGUUAUGGUUCAUUUUUGCAAUAAAUCUGACAGAGAUGUUUUAAUGA